CCGGAGCGCAAAGAUGGCGGGGACCAGCCUGGUUGCCGGGGAUGUUGUGGUGGAUGCGCUGCCCUAUUUCGAUCAGGGCUAUGAUGCGCAGGGAGUGCGGGAAGCGGCUGCAGCUUUGGUGGAAGAGGAGACCAGAAGAUAUCGGCCUACAAAGAACUACCUGAGUUACUUGCCCACCCCCGACUAUUCCGCAUUUGAGACUGAAAUCAUGAGGAACGAGUUUGAAAGACUUUCGUCGCGCCAGCCCCUCGAACUGCUCAGCAUGAAGAGGUAUGAGUUACCGGCCCCCCUAUCCGGCCAGAGGAACGACAUCACCGCGUGGCAGGAAUGUGUCAAUAACUCCAUGGCCCAAUUGGAACACCAGGCCGUCCGUAUAGAGAACCUGGAGCUCAUGUCCCAGCACGGCUGUAACGCCUGGAAAGUCUAUAACGAGAACCUGCUGCAUAUGAUCGACUGCGCGCAGAAAGAUCUCCAGAAGUUACGGAAAAAGAUUCAGGACUUGAACUGGCAGAGAAAGAACUCCCAGCUGACAGCAGGUGCCCGACUCAGAGAGAUGGAGUCAACGUGGGUGUCUCUUGUGAGCAAAAACUACGAGAUUGAGAGAGCAAUUGUGCAAAUGGAGAAUGAAGUCUAUCAGCUGAAAGAGAGGAGCGGGGAGAAUAAGGAAAAUAUUGAAGAUUAUUAAGGCCCUGCCCCAAGGAUUACAGGUUCCAGGGUAACAGCACCGGUCCUGCUGCAGAGACUCUGGCGCCAUGUUGGGCAGCGCUGCUGGGGGUUCUGGUUGCUUUAUGGCUCUUCACUCUGGAAAUGUAGCGAGUAGUCUCUGCCUGGGUGCUGAUAGGCGCAGGGAUGGGUCUCCCUGUUUCACCCAAAUGCCCCAGUGCUGCCUCGUAGGCCGGGCACAUACCGGCUUUUAUAAGGAAAUUCUGACUUGUUUUUCACUGUAAUAUUAAUAAUAAAGUGUUUUCCAGAAA